UUGAUUUUUUUUACCACAAAAGAUGUGAGUCCUGUGGUUGUUGCAUGGGUCUGAAAUGAACUUGACAUGGUCGUCUGGUGUCUCCUCCGCCACACCUUUCGCUCCUGCAACCAACAAGGCCCUUCCAAAGAAGCGGCGUCGUUUUAACGUGGUGUCGUUGAAGCGGAGGGCGAAAGCAGGGAGUGCGGGGCUAGUGAAGGAGCCGAAGAAGGAGUUGUCGCGCAUUCUCCGAACCGAAGCCGCCAUCAGAGGCGUUGAGAACAAAGCCAAGUCUAACUCCCACAAGCAGCUCUGGCCCAAGGCCCUUCUUGAAGCCCUAGAUGACGCCAUCAAACGCCGUCGUUGGCAAUCCUCUCUUGAGAUUUUUGCACUUCUUCGAAAGCAAUGCUGGUACGAACCACGAUGCCAAACAUAUGCAAAACUGUUGAUGAUGCUUGGCAAGUGCAGGCAGCCUGAAGAGGCUUCUCAUCUCUUUGAGAUCAUGUUUUCUGAAGGGCUGAAACCUACUGUUGAUGUCUACACUGCUCUUGUAAGUGCUUACGGUCAUAGCGGUCUCCUUGAUCAGGCACUUUCUAUUGUUGAAGAUAUGAAAUCGGUUGUUGACUGCGAACCAGAUAUAUAUACAUAUUCUAUUCUUGUCAGUUGCUGUGCAAAAUUUCAUCGUUUUGAUUUGAUUGAACAUGUCCUUGCGGAGAUGUCAUUUCUGGGCAUCCAAUGUAACUCUGUGACGUAUAAUUCCAUAAUUGAUGGUUAUGGUAAGGCUGGCAUGUUUGAACAGAUGGAUAAUACAUUGAAUGAUAUGAUUGAAAAUGGCAACUGCCACCCAGAUGUUUUCACGCUGAAUUCUUUUGUUGGGGCACUUGGAAAGGAUGGGCAAAUUGAUAAGAUGGAGAAGUGGUAUGAUGAAUUUCAGCUAAUGGGCAUAAAACCAGACAUAACAACAUUCAAUUUGAUGAUAAAGUCCUAUGGAAAAGCUGGCAUGUAUAAGAAGAUGAAGACUGUCAUGGAUUUCAUGGGAAGAAGGUUUUUCACUCCAACAGUUGUCACGUAUAAUACUGUCAUCGAGGUGUUUGGCAAAGCUGGAGAAAUUGAGAAGAUGGAUCAAUACUUUCUAAAAAUGAAGCAUCUUGGAGUGAAGCCUAAUUCUAUUACUUAUUGCUCACUUGUCAGUGCAUAUAGCAAAGUUGGACGUAUUGACAAAGUUGAGUCAAUUAUGAGGCAUGUUGAUAAUUCUGGUGUAGUAUUGGAUACUCCCUUCUUUAAUUGCAUAAUUAGCGCCUAUGGGCAGGCUGGUGACCUAAAAAAGAUGAGCGAGUUAUUCAUGGCCAUGAGAGAAAGAAAAUGUGAACCUGAUGGCAUCACUUUUGCUUGCAUGAUCCAGGCAUACAACACCCACGGGAUGACUGAGGCUGCUCAAAAUUUGGAAAAGAUGAUGAUUUCUGCCAAAGAUAACUUGGGCAUUAAGUUGAUUGAAUGCUAGCGUGGAUAAUUGUGAUUCAACACUUAAAAUUUACUCAGCAUUUUCCUUGGUGAUCCUCGCUCAGAAAGAUUUGAUUUGAGAACUUGAGCAGUGUUGUGCCCUGCAGGGAAUCUAUAUGAUAUAACAUCGGAGUGCACGUUCCAUAUGUUGGGUUUAUUUAUCAUGAACUGAAGAGUAGCUUCAAUCAAAUUGGGGGUCCGGCAAACCAUCAUGCACACAACUCAUUCUACCUAUUGGGUGUUCAUAUUUGUCUAUACAGCUCACAUGCCAAUGAAUUGCAGUAUAAUUUAUGCGGGUCCUAAUGGGUCUUAUUUGUCACUCGGUGAGUUUCAUCCCUAAAGUAGUAGGACCUACAUGGAUUUUAACAAAUAGUAAAUAGAUGUUAAAAAAAAGUGUGAAGAGACUUGGAGUGUUCUGUUAGCACUAUUUCCAUAUGGUUACUAAGUGGCCACAACCAAUGAGUGGCACGCCGACUUAUUGCACGGUUUGUUAAAAUAAUGAAAUACGUCAUUGAAAAGUUAA